UCUUGAUAAAAAAAGUGCAAAAUGUCCCUAUAGUUGAUAAAAUAAAUUGUGUAAGCAGUGAAUUGCCGGCACAAAGUUUUAAUUAUUUUUAGCGCAUUUAUUUGCUCAAAUGACUGAUGAUAUUGGAGAUAUAGCCAUGACGAGCACGGAGGCAGAUUCUUCCCAAACACAAGGACAUGAAGCAUCCUCAAGUGCCAACGCAGAAGAUGCAGCAUCCAGCAGUGCCAACACUCCAGCAGGAGAGGGCCAAGCAUCCAGACAGUCUAACCUGCAGAGGAUACAGCAACGCAAGCAGCAAGUUUACAACUGGCCUCAUAAUAAGAAGCUGCUUAAGUUGGCAAUAUACUCUGCUUGUCAGACUCCUGAAUGCACAUGCAAUGGAUGGAAAACUCCAGUGCCCCAACAGGCAAGCAAGGGUAAUGCACGUGCUGACAACCAGCCUUUGGCUAGUUUCAGCGACCCUUGCCGCAACUGCAAUCACAUAUUAGAAAAGCACGUGAGCCAGCUCCAAGGACUUUCAGUUAGCGAAGUGAACCGUCUGCUCGGUGCGGUGGUCGAUGUCGAGAAUAUUUUCAUGUCAAUGCACCGGGAAGACGACCAUGACACGAAGCGAGUUUAUUAUUAUCUUUUUAAACUUCUCCGCAAAUGCAUUCUUACCCGCACACAACCGCGCAUCGAAGGCCCCCUGGGCCAGCCGCCAUUCGAGCGGCCUUCAAUUGCGAAAGCCAUCACCAACUUCGUCCUAUACAAAUUCAACACACUACCUCAGCGAGAGUGGCAGACUAUGUACGACUUGGCUAAGAUGUUCUUGCACUGCUUCAACCAUUGGAACUUCGAAGCGCCGAAUGUUAGGAAAUUGCAAGUGUCCAAUCCUGAAGAUAUAUCAGCUUAUCAAAUCAACUACACAAGGUGGCUGGUAUUCUGUCACGUACCAGCCUUUUGUGACUCUCUGCCCCACUACGAGACGUCGUUGGUGUUCGGGCGAACAUUGCUUCGAGCUGUGUUCAAGUCUGUCUGUCGACAACUCAUGGACAAAUGUCAUUCGGAACGAGAUCGGAUGCCUCCUGAGAAACGGGUAUUAGUGUUAACGCACUUCCCUCGCUUCCUGGCGUUGCUCGAGGAAGAAAUCUUCAGCAUCAACUCGCCAAUAUGGGACCCGGAUUACAAACAAGUACCACCCAAUCACCUGCAGGCUAUUUUGGAUAAUAAAACAACAAGCGGCACUACUGGGUCGAGCCGGCGCGGCGAGUUUGAACGCGUGGCACCUCCCGCCGCCGCCGACUCUAAAGAUGGAUUCACCACUGUCACGCUCUCUGCAGGUUCCAUCAAACAAGAAGGUCUGAAACGCGGGGCAGAGUCCCGCUCUGGGGAACAGCCGACCGGCAGCGCGAAGAGACGACGCAUCGUCGACGAAGGCGGGGAAGACGUCAGCGAGAGAACAGUCGCUGAAAUUGUCGCUACGAUAAACGACCCAAAUUACAUGUGUGGACCUGAUGCACUAUUCCAAACACAAGCGCCGCGUGAUGAAGCAGCAAAGCUGGAAGAACAACGUAAACUCAUAGAAUUCCAUGUAAUCGGAAAUUCAUUGACCGGCCCCGUCAAUAAACAGACUAUGCUCUGGCUUAUUGGUCUGCACAAUGUUUUCUCGCAUCAGUUACCAGAAAUGACGAAGGAGUACAUUUCCCAGCUUGUUUUUGACCCGAAACAUAAAACUUUAGCCCUAAUCAAACAAGGCAGGCCGAUUGGGGGUAUCUGCUUCAGGACAUUCCAUUCACAGGGCUUCAGCGAGAUAGUAUUUUGCGCGGUCACAUCCAACGAGCAAGUAAAAGGCUACGGCACGCACCUCAUGAAUCACCUCAAGGAUUACCACAUCAGGAAUAACAUUUUGCACUUCCUCACCUUUGCUGACGAGUUUGCCAUCGGCUAUUUUAAGAAGCAAGGCUUCAGCAAGGAUAUAAAGCUGCCGCGCGCGAUGUACCAGGGUUACAUAAAAGACUACGAAGGCGCCACUCUAAUGCACUGUGAACUCAACCCACGUAUCGUCUACACUCAAUUCACUGGCGUCAUACGGAAACAGAAAGAAAUCGUAAAGAAACUUAUUGAUAUGCGACAAAAAGAAGUCCGGAAGAUUCACCCAGGAUUGACAUGCUUCAAAGAGGGCGUGCGAAGCAUACCGACAGAGUGCAUCCCCGGGCUGCGCGAGACGGGCUGGCGAGGUGCGCGCGCGCAUUUAGAACCCGACCCGGAGCCUGACCUCGUCGUGCUGAGGAAUAUCUUGCACGCGGUGAAGAACCAUGCCGCUGCCUGGCCGUUCCUCAAGCCGGUGGACAAAUCCGAAGUACCUGAUUACUACGAUCACAUCAAAUAUCCUAUGGAUCUGCGCACUAUGGGCGAGCGUCUGAAGGCGCGGUACUAUUCGUCCAAGCGUCUCUUCAUUGCGGACAUGACGCGCAUCUUCACCAACUGCAGACUCUACAACUCGCCUGAUACAGACUAUUAUAGAUGCGCGAACACUCUAGAAAAGUAUUUCCAUACAAAGAUGAAAGAGGUGGGUCUAUGGGACAAAUGAUUACAGCCUGUACCCCCGUCGCCGUUCAGCUUCGACGCGUUCUUCGCCACGGAGAUCGCCGCCGCUGCCGGCUACCAGGUCGAUUAGACUUUUCGUUUGUAGUGGCGUCAUUACCUAACUGCCCUAGGAGGGUAAUGUUUUUCUUGAUAGUGUUGUGGGACAUAAUUGAAUUAUCAUCCAGCACACAUUAUUUUCGCGUGGUAUGUAACGAGAAUGUUGACAUUUCUAUCAACCGAAUUUUUUUUAAGAAAUUGAACGAAUUUCCUUAGAAAUCGCGGUGUGUGAAGCACGUUAAAGCCCUCAUAUAUAGAUGAUUUCUCGUUUCGACGAUCGUCACGAUAAUUAUGUCGACCCGUCGCUAAUGCCUUGGCGUUAUCAUCGUUAACGACUUACACAUAGUACACCAGCGAUUCGUCAUCGUUUCGAUAGUCUGAAACGACGGAUCGUGAAGACUAAUAGUCCUGUAUAUGGGCGCUGUAGCGUGAUUCCAAAACCAGACUCGCAGGAUCACGGAGAAUCAAAUCGAUCAAAAUUUUAUUUAAUCAAGAACAGAAUUCAGUGCCAUUAUCGUUAGUUUACAGUGAAAGUUGUCCCCAGCGACCUUGUAAAGUACUUCACAGUUUUGUAUGGCAAUUUUUAUAACGUCUCUUGCGGUCACAACAAAUAAUAACAUAUUGCAAUUUUUUCAUGCGUUUUCGACGACAACUGUCAGCGUAAACUCGUGGUAGGUACCCAGCAUCUCUCUGUUGCCGCUUUAAUGCAUUCUCAAGUGGCUAAUGAUCUCAGUGUUAAGAUCGUGAAAUUACAAAAGCGGCCAACUUUCCGACUUGUGCGUUGUUCCCCGAUUUAAAUUUAGCACAUUUAUUUUCUCUCGAUUCGAAAAAACUAAUGAUAAUAUCAGCGAUGUGGAUGAAAAUGUGAUGCUAUAUUUAUGUCCAAGCUAGCCAUGGUAACCCGAAAUAAUAUAUAUAAUACUUCGCAUAAACUUGCAACGAAAUGAACCUUAUAACGAAAGUCAUACUCAUAAGAUAAAAGAUUAAUGUUUCAUAUGGAAUGGAAAUACAGUUUUAGCGAUAAUUAGCUACUUUAAACCUUUUAUCUAGCAACAUUUGCUUGACUCUAGUUGGCAAAAGUUUUCCCUUUAGUCUAGUUUUCCCGUCAGUUCUUAAUAAACUAACUACACGGUAUCAAACUUUGAACUUUGGCUCUUCCUAAUUACAAGUGAGCAUCGAGUAUAUAACCAGAAAUAGAGACGAAAUAAGGG